GUUGUCGUUUCAAUGCUUAAACCGAACCACAUCGAAGUUUAUUAAGUCCGGUACGGGAAACUCCUAGGACUAAAACUCUCUUUCUCUCUCGCUCUCUCUACCGGCGCCGGAGAAAUUGCCGAUCAACACAAUCUCGACUACUGCGACGAGCUUAAAAUUAUCGACUUCUAGAUGGAGAGACGUGUUCCAAACGCAUUCCCUGGUGCUCCACCACCAGUUCCAUACUAUCAAAACAACUACAACAACCCUCAUCAUCAUCAUCAGACUCAUCCGCCGCCGCAGCAGCACCACCAUGUCGCCGCCAUUGGAUUCCACCAAUACCCCCAAAACGACAACAGGGAUCAGCGUUUCAAUCAGCCGCAUUACGCCGGCCAACAACAGAACAUGAUCGUUGAUCAGAGUAAUAACGCUCCUCCGCCGUUUCCACCGAGUCCUUGCGGUGGUGGCAGCUUAAGGAAGAGACGGUCUCAAUCAGCUACAGAUACUGCUGAUGGUAGUAUUGCCAAGUUAUAUGUUGCGCCCAUCUCAAAGACAUCAACUGAAUAUGAUAUCCGUCAGGUCUUUGAAACAUAUGGUAAUGUCACUGAGAUCAUUCUACCCAAAGAUAAGAUGACCGGUGACAGAGCAGCUUACUGUUUUGUUAAGUACAAAACGGUAGAAGAGGGUAAUGCGGCUAUUGCAGCUUUAGCUGAACAGUUUACCUUUCCUGGGGAAAUGCUUCCAGUCAAGGUCCGAUUUGCUGACGCUGAACGGGAACGGAUUGGUUUUGCCCCAGUGCAACUUCCUGAUAACCCUAAACUAUAUGUUAGAUGCCUCAACAAACAAACUACAAAAAUGGAAGUCCAUGAGGUCUUCUCUAGGUUCGGAAUCAUUGAAGAUAUUUAUAUGGCACUUGACGACAUGAAGAUUAGUCGUGGGUAUGCAUUUGUUCAGUUUUCUUGUAGGGAGAUGGCACUAGCAGCAAUCAAAGGUUUAAAUGGAGUCUUUACCAUGCGGGGUUCUGAUCAGCCUUUGAUUGUUAGAUUUGCAGAUCCUAAAAAACCAAGGUCUACCUUUAACACUCCUCCACCUGCAAUGCAACACUUCGACCCAAAUUGGCAUCCACAACCAUAUCCCCAAUGGGAAAACAAGGAACCUGCAGCCCCUAGAGUCGUUCAGCAUCAUGAUUUCUCUUCACAGCCAAAUCACUUCCCGCACCAAAAUACUCCAGCAGUAUCCGAGGUUCAUCAACCACUGCAUCAAGAUAUUCCACCUCAAAAUUUUGAGAAGCAUCAGAAUUCUGAGACUGCCAGCGUAGAGACUAGAAGUGAUGGUCAGAAGAUUUCUAGUCAUUCAAAUGCAUUCCCUGAAGAUCAAAAUACAGUGAGCUCUGAGUGUGACUGGAGUGAACAUACUUGUCCCGAUGGGAAUAAAUAUUACUUUCAUUGCGUCACUUGUGAAAGCACGUGGGAGAAACCGGACGAAUACUCCAUGUUUGAGAGAUGGUUCGAAGAGCAAACAAGGUUACCAGAUCAAAAACUUGUAUCUCCCCCGUUAAACAAUGAGAGCCAAGAAGCAAUCGAAAACAGCGAGCAAGUUGAGUCUGAUCUAUUGCCACAGAAUGCUAAACUCCAACAACCAUCCUUAUCCACAGCGGAUCAGGAGAACAAUGUAGUAUAUCCAGUAACAACACUAGCUGUUGAAACAACAUGUUCGUAAAAGGUUUCUUCAGUAAAAAACCGACGGCGGAAGCUUUGUGUGAUGAGCAAUGGAGAGACAAAGCUGUAAAACGGAGAAAGAAGGAGAUAUUAAUUACGUGUUGGUUAAAAGAAGAAACCUAUGCUUUUAGACUGCAGACAGUAAAUAGUACUGCUUUCU